GGGUUUUCCAGUUGAAAUGUUUUGUCUCUAACUCCACUCCCUUUUGCUGUUGGCCAGCUGGGGUGAACUUAGACUGCAAAAUGAGAAGUGAGGCUAAGCCUACUGGUAAAACAAAAGGCAUCUCCACCUAAUUUAUUCUCUAAGUACAGUUUUACCUUUAUUUCUGCUGUUUCUCUUUUUUGCUUUUCUUUAGUCAUUAAACUGACACUAAACAUUAAUGACUUCAGUCAUUAAAAUGACAUAAAAGUGAUUGAACAGGGAGUUUCAGUUUAGUGAAGUUCAAAGAAUGAACACUAGGCUGAAAAUCAUUUAUCACACUUAUUGCCUCAAAACAUCAGCUGAGUAAGAGAAAAAGCUCAGGUGAGAUACAUAGCAUACUAGCCACACCAAAACCGAAACCCUGCGUAACAUUUCAGGUACUGAAUGGUCACUGUUUACAAACUGACAGUGUGUAACAGGAGCUAAAAAACCCCAUGUGAGGAAGAUAAGGAGUCCCGUUGUACUGAGCAGCAGACACACAGUCACGAAGUCAGUGCUGCACACAACCUGAGGUCUUAGCAGCUAGUGAAGAAAUCAAGCGCAAGAGUGAAAAGACAAGAAAGAGGUCAAGCAACUGCAUAGAAAGAUUUUCCCAAGCCUUGUUUCUAUUACAAAGUUGGUCAGCUUUGAAAAACAAGCCUUCCCUCCUACUCAGGACAAGGAGCUUAUAAGCGCCAAGCGCUCCCUAUGGAAGCUGAGCAUUCCUAAAUAGACAGAGAAGGUGGCAGUCCAAGCAACAGGACACUGCAGGCACGCGUCGAUGGACAGGGCUUUGUUUCAACAGAGACAGAAGUAGCAGCUGGAGCACCUGGUGAAGCUCGUGACAAGGAGGGAUUCCUAAGGGCUGGGAAGGCAUGAAAAUGAAAUGGGAGACUGCUCUCUGGAUGGUUUCCUGCUUACUGUUUGCAUCUCUACCCAGAGGUCAACCAGACACAACGUGCCAUGCAUUUGUUGGAGAAACUGUUGUUUUGCCUUGCACCACCUCCUCUCCUGGAAAGCUGACCCUCUCCAAUUCAAUGCUGUUCUGGCAGAUAGAGGCUGACAAUCCACAGCACACCAUUGUAGUGCACUUUGUUCUCAAUGGGCAGGAUUUGCCGCAGUUCCAAAAUGACAAUUACCAUGGCAGAACUAGUCUUUUUUUCGACCAGAUGAAGCAUGGCAACUUUUCCUUAAAGCUCUCCAAUGUACAAUUACUGGACACAGCUGUGUAUAGUUGCAUCUACAAACAGACUGGGGAUCAUUCUGACAAAACACAGAAAUCUAACGUUAAACUCAUUGUAUCAGCUCCAUCUAGCACUGAGGAGGCUCCUUUCCCCUCUGGACACAGCCGAAUUUCCUCCAGAAGCCCCACUGAUGCACCGUGUCUGACAAUGCUUCCCCUCUCUUUCUGCCUGGUCACACUGGGAGUUUGGCACUUGUAACUGGGGAAGCCACCCUUCUCUUUGGGAAGUUCUCCUCACCAGAGGACCUCAUUGGGCAGAACAGCUGUAUAGACAGAACAGCCUGACAACUGUUCCAGAGCCACAUAAAAGGAACACCAUAGCUGAAAACAGACCUAGCACUAGAUGUUUAUAUCCCGCAUUUUGAUGUUCCACAAAAUCGAAGGCAGCAAAACUCAGAGGUGGCAAGUCUGGGUUUCAUUUGAUUCUUGGAGCCCGGUUUUAGUGCUGCCGUAUGAACAUAUUAUUUUGGAUUUUGUGCUUUUGCUUUAAUGACAGGAUAAAAGACUCAUAAAAGUACAAGGUCACACCAUAAUUGACCCUAGUGAGAUCUUUUGCCUAAGAUCUUAUCUGCUGUCCUUCAAGAGAGUUGUAGGGAGGAGAAAGGUAAUUACCCUCUGUGUCUGAUAAAAACUGGAAAUAGGAAGCUGCUAUCAUUUUGUGAAACGUAAAAGGACAGAAAUCUUGUGAAACUUGAGCCUGUGGAACUUUAGCUUCUAUUUUUACUCUUAAGCAUCAUGGGCUAUCAGUAACAACUUUUUUCCAUGAGAAUGUAAUAUUUCUUUAGCGGAAGGGUGAAGCUGGCUGAGAAUGAUGAUGGAAGUUCAUAAAACAUCAACAUAGAGGAAGUGAUGUGUUAUUACAAAAUCCACUUCUAAAUAAGCCAAAAGCAAAAAGGUUUAAUUCAGUAUUUCCUCUUUUUGUCAUGAAACACAGCAAGGUAAAUGUGAUCAUUGUGCAAAAGCUGAAUUCUUAAGCUAGAACUGUGCCAAAAAAAAUUGGUACUGUGAUAAUGUUACAUCUUUAAGAGCAGUACCUUUGAAGGAAAACUGGUCAGAAUAAUUGUAACUGAUACCUAUGCAAAUUCAGUGGAUUUACUUCUGGAAAUGUUUGAUUCAGGUAGCACAGAUGUCCUGUGUAAACCUAAGAUUGAAAGGAUCCUGUAUACCAACAGUAUCAAGAAAGUGAAGAAGUUUUGUUUCAGGCCACAGCUGCUGCAACCACCCUAUUGCAGAACUGAGAAGCAUCUGGAGAACUGCUCACUGGGGCUGGUGAAACAGGGGUGACUGCAAGGCGCUCCUUCUGGCUGAUCUCUCAAGCCAAGGGAAGUAACUGACUCAUAAGGACGCACAUAAAGUCAUUUUGAUUUGGAACAAUUCCACCCUCUUUCCAACGGAAAGACAGAAUUGUUUUGUAAGGAAGGGAACAGAAUAGAGCUUUAAAUGGUAUCCAUUGAGGUAAAGGAGAUGGUUACCUCUGACUUUCUUAACAAAGUGCUCUUUCCCCGUGGUGGGGAAGAGAGAUGGAAUCCCAUGCACAGCCUGUGCUGCUGCUGCAGUGAAGCUCAGUUGGCACUUAGGCUACUCUGUGUGCAGGGAACCUUAGUGUAACAGCUGGGGUCCCCCUUCAUAGAAAGAUUUUAAUAUAAGAAUUGUACAUAUCACAUUGUACUGUGAUUGUAGAAUCACAUUGUACUGUGAUUGUCUUUUUGUAUCCUACCUUCCAAAUGUUUGUCUCAGAUUCCAUGUAUUUUUCAAAACAAAAGUUGAUUUAAAAUAAAAGCUUAAACAAACAAAA